CUCAUCCUGCCCUCGUGUUCGCUGACUGCACAUUUCAGCCGACGUACAGUCACACACAGCCUGCAGACAUGGAUCUCGAACAGAUGGGUCCCCAAACCUUCCUGUACGGUUGUGAACUGAAGGCAGGCAAGGAUAUCACAUUUAAUCCAGAGGAUGAUGAUUAUGAUCACCAGUUGUCGGUUAGAAUGGCCUGUGUGGAUCCCUCAACAAAAGAUGAAUUGAAUGUUGUGGAGAUUGAAGGGCAGGAUUCAGAGGGUCAGAAGGUCAAGGCAGUUCUAGCCACACUCAAGCCUUCAACCCUCCCAAGUGUAUGUUUGGGUGGGUUUGAGAUCACUCCACCGGUGGUUUUCCGUCUGCGCACUGGUUCUGGUCCAGUUCACAUUAGUGGACAGCAUCUUGUUAUCAUGGGAGGAGACCAGUCUUUUGAUGAAGAGGAGGAGGAGGAGGAAGAAGAGGAAACAGUGAUGACGUCCAAGAAGAGGCCAGCGCUGUCAACUCCAAAGCCUUCAAAAAAAAUGAAAAUGGAUGAGGAGGAUGACGAUGAUGAUGAUGAGGAUGAUGAUGAUGACGACGACGAAGAUGAUGAUGAGGAAGAUGAAAGUGAAGAGGAGUCACCUGUAAAAGAAAAGAAGGCACCAGCAAAACCAAAGACCCCUACACAGAAUGGAAAAGGACCCAAGCCCAAUACGCCUGCUAAACAGACUCCACAAAAGGGCAAGAAAGAACAGAUGCCCAAAACGCCACAAACACCACGGACUUCAGCCGAUAUCAAAGCCAAGAUGAUGGAGAGUGUAGCAAAGGGUGUGUCAUUGCCAAAAGUACAGCUGAAGUUUGAGAACUAUGUGAAUAACUGCUUUAAAGGCACAGAUCCAAAGGUUGUUGAGGAGCUCUGGAAGUGGAGACAGACUGUCAAAUAAAUAAACUAAAAUGUCUUUUAUUUUUGCUUAAAUUAAGCCCCUUUCCCACACGAUUUUACUUUUGUUACCUGCAAUUUUAUGUUUGUUUGUCCUCAUACCCUUCAGUUUUUAUGUUAAAUCCGUGCCAUUCCUCAAAAUGACUUGAAACAGAACUUGACCUGCCUUGUCCCCACUCCCGCUCAUG